UUCGAGUGCAUUAACAAAAAUUUAAGUAUAUAUGCAUUGAUUGCAAUUAAUAAUGGCUUUAUUCAAAAAUUUUAGUAAAAUUAAUUUUACACAAACCAAAUUUAUUUUGGGAGCUUUCUAUAACCGUAAUUUUAGUACAGAAAUGAAGGAAACUACAAUCGAUUUACAAGGUCAAACCAUAAAUUAUUUAAAAGUAGGUACUGGAAAAAAAACAAUUUUAUUAUUACCGGGUGCAUUAGGUACCAUUUGGACUGAUUUUCGUCCUCAAAUCGAAAAACUUGAUAAGAAUAAAUUGACAAUAGUUGCAUGGGAUCCUCCUGGUUAUGGUAAAAGUAGACCACCAAAACGUACAUUCGAUAAAAAUUUAUAUCAUACAGAUGCUAAAUUAGCCGCUGAAUUAAUGAAUAAAUUGAAUAUUCCAAAAUAUUCGUUGGUGGGAUGGAGCGAUGGUGGAAUUACAAGUUUGAUAUUAGCAGCAAAAAAUCCAGAACGUAUUGAAGCUUUAGUUGAAUGGGGAGCAAAUUCAUAUAUCAUUAAGGAAGAACUAGAAGGACUUAAAAAAAUUCGUGAUGUUUCAAAAUGGUCGGAGCGUAUGAGAAAACCAAUGAUUGAAGUUUAUGGUGAGGCUUAUUUCAGGGAGUUAUGGGAAAAUUGGGUUGAUACAAUCGAAGUGAUUUAUAAAGAAAAUAAUGGAAAUAUUUGUAAAGAAAUACUUUCUGAUAUAAAAUGUCCGACUUUUAUUAUUCAUGGGGCCCAAGAUGCUGUUUGCCAUUCGGAUCAUCCAACUUAUUUACAUAAAGAGAUUAAAGGAUCAAAAUUGCAUGUUUUUCCGGAUGGAAAACACAAUUUACAUUUAAAAUAUGCGGAUGAAUUUAAUGAUAUGGUAACGAAGUUUAUUGAGUCAGUGUAACAAAUCAAAAAUAUUAAUUAUUAUGU